AUGAGCAAUGUCGACAUCGGCCGCUACAGCAAGCGCGUCCUCCAAUACUUCUGGGACCCGCCCCCCCGCAACGAUGACCCGUCCGAGGCCCCCAUCUGGGUGCUGGGCCGCCAAUACGAGGCGAUCGACCCCAUCGACCGGAGCAGCAUAGCGCGGGAGGAGGCCGAGACCCGUCGGCAGCAAGAAGAUGGACAGCGGCAACAACAGAAUGAACAACAGAAUGAACCACAGGAUGAACCACAAACACAGAAGAACCAACAACGCAUCCAAAUCAACACCGGCCCACAAUCCCCCUCCCCCUCCGCCUCCUCCAACCCCUCCCCCAUCGACCUCUUCACCUCCCACCACAGCAAACCCCCCUCCAUGGCCGCCAGCUCCACCAGCAUGCUCGAACAUCCUAGCGCCACCAGCAGUCUCGAAGACCUCGGCCGAUCGCACGCCUCCUCCACCGACCCCCCCCCCUCCGCCAGCAACGGCAACGGCCCCGGCAGCACGAACGAGGACGCGGACGCGGACGGCGGGUGGCCGGCAGCGUUCCUGGACGACUUCGAGUCGCGUGUGUGGAUGACGUAUCGGUCGGGAUUUCCGUGCAUCGAGCGGACGGCGGGGGCGGGGGCGGGGGCAGGGCUGAGUUUGGGGGUGAGGUUGAGGCAGCUGGGGGGGCAGGGGGGAUUUACGAGCGAUAGUGGGUGGGGGUGCAUGAUUCGGUCGGGCCAGAGCUUGUUUGCGAACGCAUUGGUGAUGUUGCGGUUUGGGCGAGAUUGGCGACGUGGUGAACGAGAAGCAGAGGAAAAAGAGCUCCUCGCGCUCUUCGCCGACGAUCCGAACGCCCCUUUCUCCAUUCACCGCUUCGUCGACCACGGCGCUUCCGCCUGCGGCAAACACCCCGGCGAAUGGUUUGGCCCCUCCGCCACCGCGCGCUGCAUCCAGGCGCUCGCCAACCAGCACGAGUCUCUCGGACUCAAGGUCUACAUCACGGGCGACGGGCCGGAGGUGUACGAGGACGACUUUAUGAAGAUCGCGCGGACAGCGGACGGGGGGUUCGCACCGACGUUGAUCUUGAUCUGUACGCGGCUGGGGAUCGAUCGCGUGACGCCGGUGUAUUGGGAGGCGCUGAAGUCAGCGCUGCAGAUGCGGCAGUCGAUCGGGAUUGCUGGCGGCCGCCCCUCCUCCUCCCACUACUUCCUUGGCCUCCAAUCCACCUCCCUCUUCUACCUCGACCCGCACACCACGCGUCCCUUCCUCCCCCUCCCCACCCCCCCCACCGCCUACACCCCCGCGGAGGUCUCCUCGUGCCACACGCGGCGCCUGCGACGCAUCCAGAUCGCCGAGAUGGAUCCGAGUAUGCUGAUUGGGUUUUUGAUCCGGGAUGAGGAGGAUUGGAGGGCGUGGAAGGAGAGCGUGGGGGAGGAGCCUGGGAGGAGAGUUAUGCGGGUGGAGAGGGGGGUGGGGGAACGGGAGGGGGCAAUGGGGGAAGUGGAGGUGUUGAGUGAUGAGGAGGGGGAGGAGGAAGGGGUGGUAGUUUAG